AUGUGCAAUGGCAAUGACAGUAUGGAUCUCGUGGCCAUGACGGUAACACAAUUGCUGGAGCCAAAGAGCGAUGAAAAAGACAUAUUUGUUACACAGAUUGCAAUGAUUACGAGCGAGUGUGCAUUUGCAGUCAUCCAGCAACAAAUUGCAAACCAGCAUUUCAAGCAGCUCGACGAAGACCACGAUGAAGACAAGUGGCAGCUGCUACAUUGA